UGCGCCCAUGGCGGCAGGAUCGGCCAGCGCGGGGCACGGCUUCGGCCCCAGCCCUCCCCGCGGCUUCUACUUCAACACGGUCUUGUCUCUGGCCCGUUCGCUAGCCGUGCAGAGACCUGCGGCCCUGGACAAGGUCCAGAAACUACUCUGCAUGUGUCCUGUUGAUUUUCAUGGGAUUUUCCAGUUAGAUGAACGUCGGAGAGAUGCUGUUAUCGCUUUGGGUAUCUUUCUUAUUGAAUCAGAUCUGCAGCACAAGGACCACAUCAUCCCCUACCUUCUUCGCUUGCUGAAGGGUCUCCCCAAAGUGAAUUGGAUUGAGGAAAGCGCUGCGCGGAAAAGACGAGGCAUUCUCCCUGUCGCAGAGAACUUCAGCUUCUGCCUGGUGACUCUCUUGUCAGAUGUGGCCUAUCGGGAUUCUGUCCUGAAGACUGAGAUCUUGGAGACAAUUUUGCAGGUUUUGAAUGUCCUUUUGGGGAUGUGCCAGGCUUCAGAGAAACAGGAAAAGGAGUCCUUGUGCAAGUACACUGUACCCUGCCUGCUUGGCAUCGCGCGGGCCUUUGGGCGCUACAGCCUCACCGAGGAGCCCCUCCUUUCCAAGCUCUUUCCCCAGAUCCCUCCACACUCGCUGAAGGUCCCAGAGGAACUGGAGGGCAUUCGAAGGCGCUCCUUCAAUGACUUUCGCUCCAUCCUGCCCAGCAAUUUACUGACUGUGUGUCAAGAAGGCUCCUUAAAGAGAAAAACCAGUAGUGUUUCCAGCAUCUCCCAGGUAAGCCCCGAGCGAGGUCCUCAGCCCCCCAGCUCUCCGGCAGGAUCCAUCUUCCAUUCCUUGGACGGCUCUUUGCUUUCCGAGGGCCAUUGCCUGGAGCCGCACUACUACUUCCACAUGGUUGCCUCCAGCUUCUUUGUGGCACCGCUCAUCCCUGGCAUCACCUGUGCCGAGUACAACAUUCCACUGGAAAUGCUCCGUGACCUCCUCAACUUGGUGAAGAAGAUCGUAGAGGAGCCUUUUCUCAAAUCCUUGGAUGUGAUCGUGGCUAGUGUCACAGAGGCCAACCCCAACAUCGAUGUGUACUAUUCCACCUUUAGCGAUCCUCUCUACGUCACCGUCUUCAAGAUGCUCAGAGACACCCUGUACCACAUAAAAGACCUCCCGAUGGCCUUCGUGAAGGAGAUGCAUGACUUUGUGCUAGAACAAUUUAACAGGAGCCAGUCCGAGCUACAGAAGAUUCUCCAUGAUGUCGACCGUUUCUCCAACGAGCUGAGCCCCCUGAAGCUUCGCUGCCAGGCCAAUGCAGCCUGUGUGGACCUCAUGGUGUGGGCCAUCAAGGAUGAGCAAGGAGCAGAAAACCUCUGCCUCAAGCUGUCCGAAAAGCUGCAGUCCAAGACGUCCAGCAAAGUUAUCAUCGCCCACCUCCCCCUGAUCAUCUGCUGCUUGCAGGGCUUAGGGCGCCUGUGCGAACGAUUCCCAGUGGUGGUUCACUCGGUGAUGCCAUCUUUGCGGGACUUCCUUGUCAUCCCGUCCCCGGUGCUGAUCAAGCUCUACAAAUACCACAACCAGUACCAUGCAGUGAACGGCAAUGACAUCAAGAUCAGCGUCACCAACGAGCAUUCCGAGCACACGCUGAACGUGGUGGCGGGGAAGAAGUCCCAGCCGUCCAUGUAUGAGCAGCUGCGGGACAUCGCCAUCGACAACGUCUGCAGGUGUCUGAAAGCUGGGCUGACAGUGGAUCCUGUGAUCGUGGAGGCCUUCCUGGCCAGCCUCUCCAACAGGCUCUAUAUUUCUCAGGAGAGCGACAAGGAUGCUCACCUGAUUCCUGACCACACGAUCCGGGCCCUGGGGCACAUCGCUGUGGCCCUGAGGGACACCCCCAAAGUCAUGGAGCCCAUCCUGCAGAUCCUGCAGCAGAAGUUCUGCCAGCCUCCGUCUCCCCUCGACGUGCUCAUCAUCGACCAGCUGGGCUGCCUGGUGAUCACUGGCAAUCAAUACAUUUACCAAGAGGUCUGGAACCUUUUCCAGCAGAUCAGCGUCAAGGCCAGCUCCGUGGUGUAUUCAGCCACCAAAGACCCCAAAGAUCAUGGCUACAGGCACUGCUCCUUGGCUGUGAUCAACGCCCUGGCCAACAUCGCCGCCAACAUCCAGAAUGAGCACCUGGUGGACGAGCUGCUCAUGAACCUGCUUGAGCUUUUUGUGCAGCUGGGCCUAGAAGGGAAGCGAGCCAGUGAGCGGGCCAGCGAGAAAGGGCCAGCCUUGAAGGCCUCUAGCAGUGCCGGGAACCUUGGAGUGCUCAUCCCCGUCAUCGCUGUGCUCACCAGACGUCUGCCGCCCAUCAAGGAAGCCAAGCCGAGACUUCAGAAGCUCUUCCGCGACUUCUGGCUCUACUCCGUGCUCAUGGGAUUUGCCGUGGAAGGCUCAGGACUCUGGCCGGAGGAGUGGUACGAGGGGGUCUGUGAGAUAGCCACCAAGUCCCCCCUGCUCACGUUCCCCAGCAAGGAGCCGCUGCGCUCUGUCCUCCAGUACAACUCAGCCAUGAAGAACGACACCGUCACGCCGGCCGAGCUGAACGAACUUCGCAGCACGAUCAGCAAUCUGCUGGACCCGGCCCCCGAAGUGUCCGCGCUCAUCAACAAGCUGGACUUCGCCAUGUCCACCUACCUGCUGUCCGUCUACCGCCUGGAGUACAUGAGGGUCCUGCGCUCCACAGAACCAGACCGCUUUCAAGUGAUGUUCUACUACUUUGAGGACAAGGCCAUUCAGAAAGACAAAUCUGGCAUGAUGCAGUGCGUGAUCUCCGUGGCGGACAAAGUCUUUGACGCUUUCCUCAAUAUGAUGGCUGAGAAGGCCAAGACCAAGGAAAACGAGGCGGAGCUGGAACGCCACGCCCAGUUCCUGCUGGUCAACUUCAACCACAUUCACAAGAGGAUCCGCCGGGUGGCCGACAAGUACCUGUCUGGACUGGUCGAUAAGUUUCCCCACUUGCUGUGGAGCGGCACCGUCCUGAAGACCAUGCUGGACAUCCUGCAGACUCUGUCACUGUCUCUGGGCGCCGACAUCCACAAGGACCAGCCUUACUACGAGAUCCCAGACACCCCAUAUCGGAUCACGGUCCCCGACACCAGCGAAGCCCGGGAGAACAUUGUGAAGGACUUUGCUGCCCGCUGCGGGAUGAUCCUCCAGGAGGCCAUGAAGUGGGCCCCGUCGGUCACCAAGUCCCACCUGCAGGAGUAUCUGAAUAAGCACCAGAAUUGGAUGUCGGGCCUGUCCCAGCACACGGGCCUGGCCAUGGCCACAGAGAGCAUCCUUCACUUUGCUGGCUAUAAUCGGUGGAACACCACCCUGGGGCUGACUCAGCUCACGGAGCGGCCUGCGUGUGUGACGAAAGACUAUUCCAACUUCAUGGCUUCCCUGAAUCUGCGCAAUCGCUAUGCGGGCGAGGUCUACGGCAUGAUCCAGUUCUCCGACAGCACCGGCCACACGUCCGACCUCAAGAAGCUCAUGAUCCAGCAGCUGACCACGGCCCUGGACUCGCAGGAGCCCAAGGCCUACACGCAGGCCAUGUUCAAGCUGACGGCCAUGCUCAUCAGCCUGCCAGAGUGCGACCCCCAGCUGCUGCACCACCUGUGCUGGGGCCCCCUGCGCAUGUUCAACGAGCAGGGCAUUGAGACGGCCAUCGCCUGCUGGGAGUGGCUGCUGGCCAGCAAGAACGGCGUGGAAGUGCCGUUCAUGCGGGAGAUGGCCGGUGCCUGGCAGAUGACGGUGGAGCAGAAGUUCGGCCUCUUCUCCGCGGAGACGAAGGAGGCGGACCCCAUGGCGGCCUCGGAGGCGAGCCAGCCGAAGCCGUGCCCCCCCGAGGUGACCCCCCACUACAUCUGGAUCGACUUCCUGGUGCAGAGGUUUGAGAUCGCCAAAUACUGCAGCUCGGACCAAGUGGAGAUCUUCUCCAGCCUCCUGCAGCGCUCCAUGUCGCUGAACAUCGGGGGCACCAAGGGCAGCAUGAACCGGCACGUGGCGGCCAUCGGCCCCCGCUUCAAGCUGCUGACGCUCGGACUGUCCCUGCUGCACGCCGACGUGGUCCCCAACGCCACCAUCCGCAACGUCCUUCGUGAAAAGGUCUAUUCGACGGCCUUCGACUACUUCAGCUGUCCCCCAAAGUUCCCCACCCAAGGAGGAAAGCAGCUACGGGAGGACAUCAGCAUCAUGAUCAAGUUCUGGACCGCCAUGUUCUCCGAUAAGAAGUACCUCACGGCCAGCCAGCUCGUCCCCCCAGAUAACCAAGACACUCGGAGCAACCUGGACAUAACCGUUGGCUCUCGACAGCAGGCCACCCAGGGCUGGAUCAAUACUUACCCACUGUCCAGCGGCAUGUCGACCAUCUCCAAGAAAUCAGGAAUGUCCAAAAAAACCAACCGAGGCUCCCAGCUCCACAAGUACUACAUGAAGCGGAGAACGCUGCUGCUGUCCCUUCUGGCCACCGAGCUCGAGCGUCUGAUCACGUGGUACAACCCCCUGUCGGCCCCCGAGUUGGAGCUGGACCAGACUGGGGAGAGCAGCGUGGCCAACUGGAAGUCCAAAUACAUCAGCAUGAGCGAAAAGCAAUGGAAGGACAACGUGAAUCUGGCCUGGAGCAUCUCCCCGUACCUGGCUGUGCAGCUGCCUGCCAGAUUUAAGAACACAGAAGCCAUCGGGACUGAGGUGACCCGGCUGGUGCGGCUGGACCCGGGUGCUGUGAGCACCAUUCCUGAAGCCAUCAAGUACCUGGUGACGUGGCACACGAUCGAUGCCGACGCGCCCGAGCUCAGCCACGUGCUGUGCUGGGCCCCGACGGACCCCCCCACCGGCCUGUCCUACUUCUCCAGCAUGUACCCACCCCACCCCCUCACGGCGCAGUACGGCGUCAAAGUCUUGCGGUCCUUCCCUCCGGACGCCAUUUUGUUCUACAUUCCCCAGAUUGUGCAGGCCCUGAGAUAUGACAAGAUGGGCUACGUCAGGGAGUACAUCCUGUGGGCCGCGGCCAAGUCCCAGCUCCUGGCUCACCAGUUCAUCUGGAACAUGAAGACCAACAUCUUCCUGGACGAAGAGGGACACCAGAAGGACCCGGACAUUGGGGAGCUCCUGGAGCAGCUGAUGGAGGAGAUCACAGGCAAGCUAUCUGGCCCCGCCAAGGACUUCUAUCAGAGGGAGUUUGAUUUCUUUAACAAGAUCACCAACGUGUCGGCCAUUAUCAAGCCUUUUCCCAAAGGUGAUGAGCGGAAGAAAGCAUGUCUGAGAGCCCUGGCCGAGGUGAAGGUGCAGCCCUGUUGUUACCUCCCGAGUAACCCUGAAGCCAUCGUGCUGGACAUUGACUACAAGUCAGGAACCCCUAUGCAAAGCGCCGCGAAGGCCCCGUACCUGGCCAGGUUUAAAGUGAAGCAUUGCGGAGUCCGCAGGCUCGAGAAGGAAGCAGAAAGAGAGGCUGAGGAGGACGAAGAUGAGGCAGAGGGAGAAGAGGGAGAAACAGGCGAGAACAUUUCUUGGCGGUCCGCCAUCUUUAAAGUGGGCGAUGACUGUAGACAGGACAUGCUGGCUCUCCAGAUCAUCGCCCUCUUCAAGAACAUCUUCCAGCUGGUGGGCCUGGAUCUCUUUGUGUUUCCCUACAGGGUGGUGGCCACUGCUCCUGGGUGCGGAGUGAUCGAGUGCAUCCCCGAGUGCACCUCUCGAGACCAGCUGGGCCGGCAGACCGACUUCGGCAUGUACGACUACUUCACUCGGCAGUACGGAGACGAGUCCACUCUCGCCUUCCAGCAGGCCCGCUAUAACUUCAUCCGCAGCAUGGCGGCCUACAGCCUCCUCCUGUUCCUGCUGCAGAUCAAAGACCGCCACAACGGGAACAUCAUGCUGGACAAGAAGGGGCACAUCAUCCACAUUGACUUCGGCUUCAUGUUCGAGAGCUCCCCCGGGGGGAAUCUGGGCUGGGAGCCAGACAUCAAGCUCACCGACGAGAUGGUGAUGAUCAUGGGCGGAAAGAUGGAGGCCACCCCUUUCAAGUGGUUCAUGGAAAUGUGUGUCCGCGGCUACCUGGCCGUCAGGCCCUACAUGGACGCCGUGGUCUCCUUGGUGACCCUAAUGCUGGACACUGGGCUGCCCUGCUUCCGAGGACAGACAAUCAAGCUGCUCAAGCACAGGUUCUGCCCCAACAUGACGGAACGAGAGGCGGCCAACUUCAUCCUGAAGGUCAUUCAGAACUGCUUCCUCAGUAACAGGAGCCGGACGUACGACAUGAUCCAGUACUACCAGAACGACAUCCCGUACUGAGGCCCCCGCGGGCAGGGGGCUUCUGGGGCGCCCACGUGGCUUCCAAGUCUUGUCAUGUGCAAUCGCAGCCCCGGCUCUGCUCUGGUCUGUGACGGGCGGGCGGCGGGCGGGCAGGGGGGUGUGUGCCUGUGUGUGUGUGUGCGAGCGAGCAAGUGAGCGGCCUUCCCCGAGCCCCGGAGCCGAGCCCUGCUCCGUGCGGGCCUCCGUGCGGGCGAGCGCCUGGCAAUCUGCUCUGGGCAUCGGGGGCUGCCGCCAGAGGUGGACAUUGCGAUAAUCACCAGGGCGGCGCCGCCCCUCCGUCCUCGGUACCAGGAGAAGCUCGUUCUCCUUCUGCGUGUAAAAUAAAAGUCACUAUGGAGAGAAA